AUGGGGGGCCACAGACACAAGCGGGAGCUGCUGGGGCUGAACCUGGUGUCGUCGGGGCUCCGCUCCUCUCCUGGAGACCGCAGGCCGCUCAUGAGCCACACUCAGGCCCCCACCACCCCUAAACUUGAGCUUCCUGGGGCCAAUGAGCCGUUUGGCCGUUACCGUCUGCGACUGAAGUUGGGUACGAGACUGCCAAUGGCGGCGAGAAUAACGCCGGGAGGGUGGCAAGGCGAGGGGCUGCUGCUUCUUUCAGGGGGUGGUGACCCCGACGAGCUGUUCUACCUGCUGUACCUGGCGAUCAACACAUUUAUUCGAGGGUACUAUAAUGAUUUUACCACUAUUGAUGGCGCUAGGGCGUAUAUCUUAACUAACCGGUUUAAUUAUGGGGUUAAAAAACGAGUGUUUUUGGAAGACUGUCCCGAUGAUAUACGCCCGAUGCCGUGGUACUAUGUCGUCUACUAUACCUGUGGCAAAUGGGUACUCAUUGGUAUUAUUCUGUUGCUUUUCAGUUUGAUUGCGUUUCUGAUUGACAAAAUCGAGAUCUUACUCGUGGGAGCUAAAUACGGCUACUGCAACACCAACUGGUUUGCUAGUCAGGUCACCUGCUGCGAUGUCGCCGACCAGCACGACCGCUAUUGUCCUCAAUGGGUGCUGUGGCUGGACGCCAUGCACUCAAAGUGGAUGCCUGUGGGUGUCCGCUUUGACUACGUGGUGUACGUGGUAUUGCUGAUUCUCCUUGCCUGGAUAGCGUGCGAAAUUACUCUUACCACUAAGAUCGUCGGUGGAUCGACAUUGUACCCAGAAAACGGUGAUAGCGUCGCUAAGGGAAAGCAGGAGCCACGAGUUAUGUAUACUGCGUGCGGGCUGGGGGUGCCUGAAGUGAAAACCAUCUUACUGGGGUUUGUCAUUCGUCGGUUUUUGGGGACGUAUACUCUUUUCACUAAAGCCAUUGGCCUCGUGUUUGCCAUUGCUCUGGGGAUGUGUUUGGGUAAAGAAGGUCCAUAUGUCCAUCUUGCCACCUGCGUCGGUAACAUCCUGCUGAGAUUAUUUCCUUACAUUCACAACAACGACUCGAUGAGAAAGCAGAUUUUAUCGGCAGCAGCGCUGGCCGGUGUGGCGUUGGCGUUCGGCAGUCCCCUCGGCGGGGUGCUUUUCAUUCUCGAAGAGAUUAAUCAUUACUUACCAUCACAUCAGCUUUUCCAAAUCUUUGUUUGUGCUAUCGUGUCCACAUUAUUUCUCAAGUUUCUCAACCCUUACGGCACCGGGAAAACUGUGUUGUUUGAGCUUAGUUAUGAUAGUGACUGGCGCCCGCUUGAGUUGGUCAAUUUUGUCGUUAUCGGGGUUGCAGGUGGUCUUUUCGGUGCAGCAUUUAUCAAAUUUACCUUCUGGUGGCCAACCAAGUUCCGCCAAAUCAAGCUUAUCAAAAAUCAUCCGGCGUUUGAAGUGGUAUGUGUUGCUGCUCUCACCGGCUUGGUCACCUACUGGAACCCUUACACCAAGCAAGCACUGCUGGAGCUUGUGCUUGAUUUAGCCACCCCGUGUUCGGGUGAGCGUGACCGCCUGCUUUGUCCUGGCACCGAGACCGCGCUUCAACGAGAGUUGGGUCUGCUAGUAUUUGCAUUUGUCGUCAAAGUGGUACUCACAUUUGUCACUUUCGGGUUGAAAGUGCCCUGUGGUGUGUACGUUCCGCUGAUGGUAGCAGGGGCAUUGUUUGGUCGUAUCUUUUCCAUGGCGAUUCAAGGGCUUCAUCUCCGUCACAACUUGCUUACCACCAGCAACAACGAGGCAGUGCUGGCGUUACUUUUGCGUUACGUGUGUUCGCCUGAUCGCCCCGAGUGCGUGGAUAUGGGGAUCUAUCUGAUGAUCCUGGCCGGCGCGUUUAUGGCGGGAGUUACCCGGAUGAAUAUCACCUUAGUGACAAUUUUGUUCGAGUUAACGCUGUCGUAUACUUACGUUCUUCCCAUUGCGGUUGCCAUUUCGGUGGCCAACUGGGCUGGAGGUCUCAUUGAGCCCCACCUGUUGUACGAAAAGUUACUCAUCACUAACGACUACCCGUUUAUGACCCUGGAAAACGAGGCGGUAGACCCUUAUGUUACUGCUGGCGAAAUCAUUACCGAUAGAGACACCGUCGACGUCCCUCAAGAAGUGGUUACCGAGGUCGACAUGGACCAGCGGAUAUUCCGACGGCUUCUGGUGAUUACCCUGCUUGCCACCAACGCCGAUGAUAAACUUUACAUCGAUGUCCUGGAACUGCCGUAUGUGGCGGCGCUGUAUUUGGGGCUGAAACUUGCACUCCUUGCUGAACACCACCUGUUUGAUGGAUGCUUGCCUUUAGUGCGUAACGGGCUCUGUGUGGGGCUUAUCCAUUACCUGGAACUUGACUUUUGUCUUGACCAGCUUCGCGAAUUUGCUGCUGAGUAUCACAUUACCGACGAGAUCCAUUGUCUUGUGGUGGACGAUAAUGAUCGCGCUUACCACAAAAAGCGAGCAAUCAUCGCCCAACAAGUGGGCAAUAACUAUGCUAUUGUUAGCAGAGUGGUUGAAGGCGGUGAUGAUGCUCGUGAUUACUUUACUUACGGCGCUACCGCGGGUGACAUGGACUCGCCGGUGGCGAUUCUCAUGGCUAAAUUAACCAACCUCGUACCCUACAUCGACCACAGCCCUAUCUUCUUGAAUUACGACUCGGAAAUGAGCUUCGCCAACAUGAUAUUCGACCGCCUUGGCAACCGAGUGAUUGUGUUGUUGCGUGAGGGUAAGUAUUAUGGCAUUUUGCACAAAAAGGUGUUGAUCGACUAUUGUCGCCGUGGGGCUUAA